GUUGAUAAAAUAACCACACAAAUACUUAAUCAUUUUGACCCUGAACAAAUCAUUUACUUUGAAAUUCAAAAACAGACAUUUCAAAGCCUGAAUUGGGGUUGCCAUUGAUACACCUAUUUUGUAUCAUGUAAACAACGGCUUUAAAUUUUGAGAACAUUUUUCUAAAUGUGAGCAGAAGACAAUAGAGACUUCAGAUCAACAUGAAGAUUGUUUCAUAUUUACUUUUCCUCAGUUUGAUUUGCAAUGUUGCAUCAAAGGGAUCCAAUAAAAACAAGGCGACAAACUGUCUUAAUGAUAGAACAUGCACUAAAAGGGGCCAAGAGUGUCCUAACACUUAUUACUGCAAUAAGAGAAAAUGUUGUCAGUAUAACAGGCAACCACAAUGUACUGAUGUCACCCUUGAUGGCCAAGGUUAUCCAUCAAAAUGCAGAGGUGGUGGGAGCAUUCGAUGUAAAAGUGGUCAUCGAUGUGUUGUUGAAAAAAACAACCUUUAUAGCAUGUGCUGCAAAAAUGUCAUUUGUACAGAUCAUAAUGGAGAGAUACGAAGGCCAGGAGAGAGAAAAUGGAAGGCAGCAGACGGAUGUAAUAAAUGUAAAUGCAAAGCACCAGAUGGGAAAUUGGUAUGCACAGAUACAAAAUUAUGCAGACAUUGUACCAAACCAUGUAAACUAGGGCCAUUCAGCAAAUUUUCAACAUGUGAGUCAAACACAAGCAGGGAAAGAAAAACAAGGAUCAAACAAUGUACAAGACCACCGUUCAAAGAUAAAGAAUGCAAUGAAAUUACCAUUGACUCUGAAUGGUGUUCAUCAACACAACCAGCACCAAUGGAACCAGGUGUUCGGCGUACAGAAGCUGGGGCUAUAAUAACAGGGGGUAAAGAGGUGAAUCCCAAAUAUAACUACAGGUGGAUGGUGCGCUUAGUGGAAUGCCAAUGUGGAGGCACCAUAUUGACACCUACCCAUAUAUUGACAGCAGCUCAUUGUGUCACUGAAGGGAAUCUGAGGCUCAUUGAUCAUAUUACCAUAAAAGCAGCAAAGCAUAAUUUAUCCGAAACUGAGCCUUUCGAGCAAACAAGAAUCAUUCCCAAGUCAAAUUUUACAACCCAGAUUGUUAAACAUGGAAACUUUAGUGCUCACUUUGAUAAUGAUAUUGCUAUACUUGUUGUUGACCCACCAUUUGAAUUCAAUAAUUACACCCAACCAAUCAUCCUUCCUGAAGAAGAUGACAAGUUUGAGAUUUCUGCUAAACGUCAAUGUGUUAUUAUAGGUUGGGGUAGUAUUGAAUGCUCUUGGUCUUCAACUCAAUGUCGUAACGGUUCUGAGGUUUUAAGACGUGCUCAUGUGUCUUUACAAGAAAAUUGCGAUCUGGAUCAUACAAAUCUCAAUUGGGUAACUGAUAACAUGUUUUGUGCCUCUGGGCAGGAAGAGAGAUUCUGGUGGACCCUAUAUGUGCAGGUCUGAAGAGAAAAAAUGGAUACAACAAGGAAUUGUAAGCUGGGGACCUGCUAACUCAUGUGGACUUAGAUCAGGCGUCUAUACCAAAGUCAUUAACUACAUAGGAUGGAUUGAAGAUAUUGUCAACGAAGAUGCAUGGGGACCUUACAGUGAGUUCACCCCUUGUUCUGAAUCAUGUGGGGGUGGAACAAAGCGAAGAGUUCGAUCAUGUCUUUCUGUACCAGUUUGUCCAGGGUACACAGAUAAAGAUGAAAGUGGUAACAAGUUUCAGGUGGAGGUGGUAGAAUGUAACACUGAUUCAUGUUAAAUAUUUAUAUUGAGUUUUGAUGGUGGAAACAUAUUUCCUUAUAUACGUGUGGAUACUGUGUUGAACAAUGAAUACAUGUAUAGCAAUAAUUAUCAAAGCUGGCACAAGGAUAUUUCAAGUAGUCCAAAUAAUUUGGUACAUAAGCAUUAUACAUUAGCUGUCAUCAAAACUCCUCUUAAAAGAAAGGUUAGUGAACACAUUAAAUCCUGUGCUAAGGGCUGAUGUGAAAAAGUCAGUUCACCCAUGCGGGGACUGAACC